AUGGCAACGGGGCCAUGGAGCGGGGGGUUCGGCGCGGAGCGGCGCUGGUGGCGGCAUGGAGGAGCCUGUGGGAGCGCGGUGGCCUGGCUCUGUUCCGCCCUCAGUGCAGGACUGGCUGCGGGGCGUGCAGGGUACAAGGGACCAGGCCCUUCUCUCUGUCUGCUGCCGCCAGUGCUGUUCUAGGACUGGGCAGCUGGGGAGGUGACAGUGGGAAGCAGAAGCUCACCCUGCAGGAUGUGGCAGAGCUCAUUCGGAAGAAGGAGUGUCGUCGAGUAGUGGUGAUGGCCGGUGCUGGGAUUAGCACCCCCAGCGGCAUCCCAGACUUCAGGUCUCCGGGGAGCGGCCUCUAUAGUAACCUUGAGCAGUACAACAUCCCUUACCCCGAAGCCAUCUUUGAACUGGCCUACUUCUUCAUCAACCCCAAGCCAUUCUUCACUUUGGCCAAGGAGCUCUACCCUGGCAAUUAUAGACCCAACUACGCCCACUAUUUCCUGAGACUCCUGCAUGACAAAGGGCUCCUUCUGCGUCUCUAUACUCAGAAUAUUGAUGGGCUGGAGCGAGUUGCUGGGAUCCCUCCUGAUAGACUGGUGGAAGCCCACGGCACCUUUGCUACUGCCACGUGCACAGUCUGUCGGAGGAAAUUCCCAGGAGAGGACUUCAGGGGGGACGUUAUGGCAGACAAGGUCCCUCACUGUCGUGUCUGCACCGGAAUCGUCAAGCCUGACAUCGUGUUCUUUGGCGAGGAGCUCCCGCAGCGCUUCUUCCUGCACAUGACAGACUUCCCCAUGGCAGACCUGCUUUUUGUCAUCGGAACGUCCCUGGAGGUGGAGCCCUUUGCCAGCCUGGCAGGAGCUGUUCGCAACUCCGUUCCCCGGGUCCUCAUCAACCGAGAUCUUGUAGGACCGUUUGCCUGGCAACAACGCUACAAUGACAUAGCCCAGCUGGGGGAUGUGGUCACUGGGGUUGAGAAGAUGGUAGAACUGCUGGACUGGAAUGAAGAGAUGCAAACACUAAUUCAGAAAGAAAAAGAAAAGCUGGAUGCAAAAGACAAAUAGGACAGCUGGCUCCCUGCUGCUGGAAAGCAAUGUUCACCCUAAAGAUGAGAAGAUGCUGCCAUACCCAGCGUGAGCAGAGAAAGAGACAAUGGCAGGGAGCUGUGGAAGAGCCCAUCCAGCUCUGCAGCAGCGAAUCUACACAGGACUGGCACUUGGGGAAAAGGAGGAUGCUCAUGGCUCAACCCAGCCAGCCUGGAAGCAGUGAGACCCUGUCACCGUGAAGGAAGCCGAAAGGAGCACAGCCCCACUGCCAAGGUGAAGUUUCCACACGUGAAGGCUUUUCUACCUGAGACUUCAAAACAGUUGAUGUAGCCACUGAAGGUUGUUCCUCCUCACCUUACCUCAUUUCAGCACCCAUGAAGAGACACUUUACUCUUGCGUGGCUCUGGCUCUGUCAAAGCACCAUUUGACAAUGUCCAGCCACGAGUUUCACCAGCAUGUCAGAUGAGACGUGCUAGUGCACAGCUCCUCCAGAUACUUUUUUCUUAGUCAUGAAUGCCAGCUGCUGCAGACUGGUAACGUUUAGUCUUUGGAUGAAACUUGAUCAGGAGACAACUGCUGCUAAUGUGCCUGGCCUGUUCCUGUUCAGAAAGGCCAGCUCAACUGCUGGAAGUUUUCUGUGUAGGGGUGAUUAUUAAUAAUAAAGACUUAUAAUUAUUUUCCUGAUGCCAA